AUGUCUUUCAUCUUAAAACGCACCCUUGGUGCUGGCCGCAACCUUGGCCGUGCAAUACUUAGCAAUAACCAAUACCCAGUGCUUCAACGAAUUGCUACAAAAACUGACCAAGCCGCACUUCAAGUUGAGACUCGACCCACUGUAGCUAAAUUAGACCCUUUGCAGAAAUCUCAAUUGGUUGACUUUGGUAAAUAUGUCGCAGAAUGUAUGCCAAAAUACGUGCAGAAGGUACAAAUUACAGCAGGCAAUGAAUUAGAAGUCUUGAUUCCAUCAGACGGUGUUAUUCCCGUCCUCCAAUUCCUGAAAGAUCAUCAUAAUGCACAAUUUGCUAGUUUAGUGGACAUUGCCGGUAUGGAUGUUCCUACCCGCCCUCAUAGAUUCGAAAUUAUUUACAACCUACUGUCUCUCCGUUACAAUACCAGAAUUAGAGUAAAAACAUACACUGAUGAAUUAACACCAAUUGAUUCGGCUUGCGAAGUUUUCAAAGCGGCGAACUGGUAUGAAAGAGAAAUUUGGGACAUGUAUGGAGUCUUCUUUGCUAACCAUCCGGACUUAAGAAGAAUUUUGACUGACUAUGGGUUUGAAGGACAUCCAUUCAGACGAGAUUUCCCACUUAGUGGUUAUGUAGAGCUUCGCUAUGAUGAUGAGCAGAAGAGAGUUGUUGUGGAACCUCUAGAGUUGGCACAAGAAUUUAGACGGUUUGAGUUAAGUGCACCAUGGGAACAAUUCCCCAACUUCAGAGGCAAUCCUGUGGCUGAAGAAGUAGUUAACCAAUCAGAUGAUCAACCCAAGAAAGAA